AUGUUUACUUUAACCAGUUUAAAACUUGUUUGUUUUAAACGAGAACCACCAGCAUUCAAAGAUUUAAGUUCAAUGGCUUUCCAACGUAUUGCCAUUUGGGCUGCAACCAACUCCGCCAUCGUCACUCCUGGCACAGUCCUCCUCAUGGGUUUAGUCACCAUAUGGGAUAGUCACCGUGGACGAAAUCAUCAAGUCACCACUAUCGAAGCUAAUCUCGGCACAAUGAUUGGUGUAGUCGACAAGAAGGUUGAUGUACUCGACACGGAAAUCAAGCAUACUCAAGCAAUCGCCUUAGGAAGUGCAUACGUAAGCUUCACUGGAAACCAAGGCAUGAAGAACAAAUGGGCGAGGGAUAUCGAGAAGUGUGUUAUUUCCGACUAUAAGGACUGCAGCGCAGUAAAGGGGUUCGGUAUGGGGACAAUCGGUCUUGGCUUGGGAGGAAUGAUGCUUAAGGUUUUUUACUACGAUGCCCAUAAUCCGGAUGGAGAAUGGCGAUUUGAAGGACGUGGACGCUGGGAAAGCAGUCGCAGCGAAGAGUGCAGGAAAAGCGUGAUGGAAAUAAAAGUUUGUUCUUGUUCAGGUUUACAUAGGAAUGAGCUCGCCCCUCGUUUUUUUGUAUACCAUUUGUAUAAAUCGGGUAUUAGAGGCUUUUAG